GUGUGUGGUCGGCUUCCGGUUGCGACUCAGAUUCGGUGAGCCGUGGGUCUGGUCAGUGUCGAUCGACUCGCUAUGGCGGAAGGACGAAGGGACCAUCUACCCCAUCCUCUCCUGAUUCUACCACCGGUUAGUAAGCGACCCUGUCUGCGCCCUGCUCCCCGAGGUCCCGGUCCUGGGCCCGGACACGGACACGGAAGCGGCUUAACCAGCUCUCGACAUCGCUCCCCGGAGUCCCUCCUGGACUGCGCCGCGAAGGCAGUAGCGGAAAAGUGGGCCUUCGAAAGAGUGGAGGAGCGUUUUGAGCGGAUCCCAGAACCCGUUCAGCGUCGGAUCGUCUACUGGUCUUUUCCCCGAAACGAGAAGGAGAUAUGCAUGUACUCUUCGUUUCAGUGCCGCGUAGCCGGCGAAGAGGGUUCGUCGACAGCUCCCAACGGGGCAGCGGGUGCCGGGUCCGGAUCUCCAACUACCGCUGGUGGCGGAGGAACCGUCACUGGUACGACGACAGUCGGAACAAGCGGAGCAGUGGGAACGGGAGAUGCACUGCCUUUCCGCCGCGGUAUCCGGUUGCUCGAGACCGGCUGCGUGGAAAACGUCUUGCAAGUCGGGUUUCACCUGAGCGGCACAGUCACCGAACCCGCCACCUCAUCGGAGCCAGAGGUCACCCACAAGGUGGCCAUCAGCUUUGAUCGUUGCAAGAUUACCUCCGUCACCUGUGGCUGUGGAAAUCGGGACAUUUUCUACUGCGCCCACGUGGUGGCGUUAUCUCUGUACAGGAUCCGCAAACCUGAACUGGUGAAGCUUCGGUUGCCCAUCUCAGAAACAUUGUUCCAGAUGAACAGAGACCAGUUGCAGAAGCUGGUCCAGUACUUGAUAACAGCCCACCACACAGAGGUGCUGCCCACAGCUCAGAAACUGGCCGACGAGAUCCUCUCAUCCAAUUCCGAGAUCAACCAGGUUCAUGGUGCUCCCGAUCCAACUGCCGGCGCAAGCAUUGACGAUGACAAUUGCUGGCAUCUGGAUGAAGAUCAAGUCAGGGAACAAGUCAAGCAGUUUCUGUCCCAGGGAGGAUACUACGGCUCUGGGAAGCAACUCAACUCCAUGUUUGCGAAGGUGCGUGAGAUGCUCCGAAUGCGUGACUCCAACGGUGCCCGGAUGCUGACUCUCAUAACCGAACAGUUUAUGGCAGACCCUCGACUAUCGCUAUGGCGACAGCAAGGCACAGGCAUGACGGACAAAUGCCGGCAGCUUUGGGAUGAGCUGGGUGCACUGUGGGUGUGUGUGGUGUUAAACCCCCACUGUAAGAGCGAAGAGAAGAGCUGUUGGCUCAAGCAGCUGAAGAAGUGGAGCGACAUGGAUGUGUGCCCGCUGGAAGAUGGCAACUACGGGAGCGAGCUCCCAAACAUCACCAAUGCUCUCCCGCAGAGCAACCUUGCCCAGGACGCUCUGUCCCGGCCAAGGAGGACGGUGUUCAGCCGGGCGGUCGAGGCCUGCAACCUCCACUGGCAGGGCAGCCACCUUCAGAGGAUCAUCAGCAGUGAUUACUACAUGUCUCCGUCGUACCAGCGAGAUGAGGAGAGUCUGCUGUUUAAUCCCCAGGGCCUGCCCCUCUGGCUUGGUACGCACACACAAGCGCGCAAUCACGUCCCGACAGCAUGCGCUCGUGUAGAUGCCUUGCGUUCCCACGGUUACUCCAGGGAAGCCUUGCGACUGGCAGUGGCCAUUAUCAACACGCUCCGCCUCCUACAGCAGCGUGAGAUGGAUAUCUAUAAACACCAAAAGAAAGAGCUUCUUCAGAGGGGUGUGACCACCACCACUAACCUGGAAGGUUGGGUAGGACAUCCUCUGGACCCCAUUGGCUGCCUAUUUACAACACUCACCGAAACAUGCCGGGUCGAUGAUGACAGCGCCAUGGACACCGGAGAUGGUGAACCCAGACGUCCCGUCUACCACCAUGUGCCAGUGUGGGGCAGUCAUGAUGGGGGAGAGUCCUACCUGACUCUUGCCUUGGAGGUCACUCUGAUGGGCAUGGGCCAACAACGGAUUAUGCCAGAAGGUCUCUACGCUCAGGACAAGGUGUGCCGCAAUGAAGAGCAAAUUGUUACAAAGCUGCAAGAGCUUGAGCUGGAUCACGUGCUAGUCCAGACCCUCCGGAAACAGGCCAUACAGCUACUGGAAGCUGGUCCAUUCAGCGGUCUCGGUGAGGUCAUCCACAGGGAGAGUGUUCCUAUGCACACUUUUGCCAAGUACCUCUUUACUGCCCUGCUGCCACAUGAUGCAGACCUGGCAUAUAAGGUGGCUCUCCGCGCCAUGAGGUUGCCAGUUCUGGAGUCAUCGGCAGGCUCCGGGGAUGUCGGUCACCCUCAUCACGGCAUUUCCAUCGUUCCAAGUCGAUAUCCGCGCUGGUUCACUCUCGGGCACUUGGAGUCACAGCAGUGUGAGCUGGCUUCGACCAUGCUAACCGCCGCUAAAGGUGAUAUGUUGAGAUUGCGGACAGUUCUGGAAGCCAUCCAGAAAAACAUCCACUCUUCUUCCUUAAUCUUUAAGCUAGCCCAGGAUGCCUUCAAAAUAGCUACACCUGCUGACAGCCCACCCGACAUCACGCUGCUCAAUGUGGCCUUGGAGCUCGGACUUCAGGUGAUGAGAAUGACUCUGUCCACUCUCAACUGGAGGAGGAGAGAGAUGGUCCGCUGGCUGGUAACCUGCGCCACUGAAGUGGGCCUUCGUGCUCUGGUGAGCAUUUUGCAGAGCUGGUACACGCUCUUCACGCCCACCGAAGCCACCAGCAUUGUUGCGGCCACCGUUAUGUCCCACAACACCAUCCUGCGCCUCAGCCUGGAUUACCCGCAACGAGAGGAGCUGGCCAGUUGCGCCAGGAUGCUGGCGCUGCAGUGCGCCAUGAAGGACCCCCAGAACUGCGCCCUGUCGGCGCUGACUCUCUGCGAGAAGGACCACAUCGCCUUUGAGAGGGCCUACCAGAUUGUGAUCGAAGCGGCGUCCACCGGGAUGACCUACUCGCAGCUCUUCACCAUCGCCAGGUACAUGGAACACAGAGGCUACCCGCUGCGCUCGUUUAAGCUGGCGUCCCUCGCCAUGAGCCACUUGAACCUGGCUUACAACCAGGACACACACCCGGCCAUUAAUGACGUUCUAUGGGCGUGCGCGCUCAGCCACUCACUGGGGAAAAACGAGCUGGCCGCCAUCAUCCCCCUGGUGGUGAAGAGUGUGCACUGCGCCACCGUGCUCUCCGACAUCCUGCGGCGGUGCACCAUGACGGCACCGGGUCUCGCCGGCAUUCCCGGCAGGAGGAACUCUGGCAAGCUCAUGUCAACGGACAAGGCGCCUCUGCGGCAGCUGCUGGACGCUACCAUCUCGGCGUACAUCAACACCACGCACUCUCGACUGACGCACAUCAGUCCGCGGCACUACGGAGAGUUUAUCGAGUUCCUGAGCAAGGCGCGGGAAACGUUCCUGCUGGCGCAGGACGGCCACAUUCAGUUUGCCCAGUUUAUAGACAACCUCAAACAAAUCUACAAGGGCAAGAAGAAACUCAUGAUGCUGGUCAGGGAGCGUUUCGGUUGACCCCUCCCUUCGAGGAAUCAUUCUUUUCAGAAGAGCUCAUCUUCUGUAUUUCUAUUUAAAAUUCAUUUGAAUUUCUUUACUUGUUAAGUUGAGCCAUUUGUUGACUAACAUUUUCUUCUCCAGUGUGUGUGUUUUGUUUUGUUUUUGUUGUUGUUGUUUUAAAUGUGAACCAGGAAGUGUUCGCAGUGCGUUGCUGUACUUCACUGAAACUGCUAAGAGGGGCAAAUGGCUCAAUACGUCAAAGAUAAACGAGAAAACACGGCUGCUUUGCCCACUUCCAACGAAUGUUGAAUUACAAAAAAAAAAGUCAUCAGAUUGUGAAAAGCAGAACAAGCUUUCCUUUUUAUGUGGCAUGUGAUACAAAAACCAAGAGAUUAGUUAGACAGCUGAUGCAGCUGAGGAGAAGUGAGCUUUAAAAGUGGAGGACAAAAAAAAGUGACCCUCUGAGGAUGACAACACACACACAGUGUUACUAUCAGACCUCACCUGUAUUAUUUAUCAGCUUUAAUGUCGCUGUUGAUAAAUCACUUUGUUUCAUUCAGGGCUUGGAAAUAGAGAAGGCAAGCCACAACAGCGGGGUAGGAAAAAAAAAUCCAAAGACCAGACCAAAACAAGAGGAGACCAGUAUCGGAAGAGCCGUUCUUUUUUUUUUUUCCAGAUCCAUGCACACACCUCCAAUAAUUAGAUAACUCUCCAAACACAUUUUAAGCAGCCAUAACAAUGUUGCAAGUGUAUGAGGCGCUUGAAAUCGUAACAUGGGCCAACAUUGUUGACAUGUUCCCAGAAAGAUUCGACGUCACCCUCAAAAGCAAUUUUGAGUUGGACUUUUGAGCUGCUGUUCUUGGCAGUAUCGGAACUCGAGUUCAUCCUGCGGCGAGAGCGUUAAUAUUACCGGUCGGACAAAACGUCAUUCUACAAGCACUUGACAUAAAUACCUCUUCAGGACUUUCCUGGCGUUUUCAGCAUUUACUUCAUUUAUUUAUUGAUGUUUGCUAACUUGGUAUAACAAAGAACGGCAGUCAUCAAGCCCGUGAUGUUCACAGGAUGAUUUAAAAAAAGGGACAUUUUCUUGCUUGUUCUUUUUUUUUUCCAUUCCAUCCCAAAUCCAUGUUUUUUUCCCCCACUUUUAUUUUUUUUUUAAUUGCAGAAACAGAAGAAUGAAAAUGGAAAGAGGCUAAACAUAGUUCUCAGGGACAUCACAAAACGGAAAAAAAAAAUAGUAGCAUUAAGCAUUUAAGAUAUUGUAAAUAUGAAAGUGUCAAUUCAGAAAAUUGUAAAAUUCUAAUUAUUUAUGAUCAGUAUGUUGUGUUUGUUUUAUUUUAAUUUUUUUAGGGGGGGGUGUAAUUGAACUGUUUUGGUUAUGGGGGAUUUUAAAGCAUUUUUUAAGAGCAAAGACUUUUCUCAGGUUCUCCUGUGUACAUUUCUGUUUUGCUAUAUUUUACUGUUAUUGUGUUUUGUUGUCGUUUUUAGCUUUGCAAGGAAAAAAAUGUUUAAAAAAAACAAAAAAGAUAGACGCCGCAGCAACAGCGUGUAAAUUGAGGAAAAUGGGCACAGUUGCAUACUUAAACCUGACUAUGCAGAACCACUCGGAUGGGCUUCUAAAGACGGCUCCUUAAGUGCGCAAGCUGCUGAUACGCAGUGGACCGAACCACCCCGAGAGAGGCGGCUGGGGGGGGGGGGGGGGGGGCGAGCAACCAAGCCGAGGUCCGGCCUGCGUUGCCACUCGGACAAUGAACAAGUCGCUGACUUGGUUUUCUUGCAGCGUGCGGGUGAAAGCGAAACAUUUAAACUGGGAAAAUGCCUUUCUGACCUAUCAAUGUACAAAAUGUUUUUUUCUUGACUUCUUUGUGAGGUUUGAUUCAAUCAGGACUUAAACGCCUUUAGUGUCUUCUCGAGGUGUCAUGUGGUGGCGUUUAUAGCCGCAAAAGACAGAACAACCCCGAAACGUCACAAAAAGCAACGACGAACAAGCGGGAUGGCCUUUUGGAUGUCCCCUCGUCUUGAAUCUAGUGUUUGAUAUCAUCCUCAGUCCAAUUGUUUGGUGGCGGGCCCGUUACGCAAGCUGCUAGCCUCGGUGCGGCCGACGUGAAGCAGCAUCGCCGACAUCGAUGAUUUGCAGCAGACUCGAUCUAAGCCGCUGCUGCAUCAUUUAGAAGAAGGCAACUUCCGCACGAAGUGAACGUCCAGUCGACGAACACGUGACCGGGGCAGGUACUUGCGCCCGUCGCUUGAACCGGAAGCUGCCGAAAGCUGCCUUUCCCGCCAUUCGUCUUGUCAAACCAACAGCAUCGUGACUUCCUCUGUCUCGCUUUGUUUGUUUACGCUUGCAGGAGGAAGAGGAGCUUUACGUAUUUUUCCACAUUCAUUCCUUUUUUCUUCUUGCGUUUGUAGGCGAGUACUGUUUGCCGGUAGCAGUCAUUCAUUAGGUCACCCACUGUUUUUCCCGUUUAUUUUGUUUUGGAUUGUUUCCAACUCAAGGGAAUAUUGAAAGUGUUUGUUGCCUCUUUGUGCUACUGAUUUUAAAAAAAGGUAUUUUCCAGUAUUUGUUGCCACAGAAGUAUGAUAGCUUAACAUCACUUUUUUUAUUUGUAAUUUGUUGGGGAGGGGGUGUGGAUUCUUGAGCUACUGUCUAUAAAGCAAGAAUUUAUUACUAUUUAUGUAUCGCUACUACCAUUUUAUAUUGAUUUGUGUUGGACUCUCAGUGCUUUUCUAUGAAUAAAAGUGUGAAACACGUUA